CAGUUGAACGCGCUGAUUGACGCUGUUACAGCGGGAGAUAAUCUGCUGCGCGUCCGCGCGCUCCGGUUCCUCUACGGUUCCUCUUCGGUUCAUCUCGGGUUCUUCUUCACCCUCACACAAAAAACACCGCUUUGAGACACAGAGUGAUCCGCGCGCGCUCAUGGAGCAGUGAGACAGGCAGAGACAAAACCGGGGGACUGCAGCCAUCAUCCGGGGAACAGAGAGAGAGAGAGAGAGAGAGAGAGAGAGAGAGUCUGAUGUUCUGCUGCUGGGUCUGAGGGGAUUCAGGAUCUCUGCAGCUCCACAUGCAGUUUCCGAGCUGUGAUUUGACUCGUGCAUGUUUUUAGAGACUGUAACGCAGCGGACGGAACCAUGAUGGCGAGCGACUCUCCCGCCCGGAGCCUGGAUGAGAUCGACCUGUCUGCUCUGCGGGACCCUGCGGGAAUCUUCGAGUUGGUGGAGCUUGUGGGAAAUGGAACAUACGGCCAAGUGUACAAGGGCCGCCAUGUAAAGACAGGCCAGCUUGCUGCAAUCAAGGUCAUGGACGUCACAGGGGACGAAGAGGAGGAAAUCAAAGCAGAAAUCAACAUGCUGAAAAAGUACUCGCACCAUCGCAACAUUGCCACAUACUACGGAGCUUUCGUCAAGAAAAACCCACCGGGUGUCGACGACCAGCUGUGGCUGGUGAUGGAGUUCUGUGGUGCUGGUUCAGUCACAGACCUGAUAAAGAACACUAAAGGGAACUCACUAAAGGAGGAAUGGACAGCAUACAUCUGCAGAGAAAUCCUUAGAGGUCUGACUCAUCUCCACCAGCACAAAGUCAUCCAUCGUGACAUAAAAGGCCAGAACGUCCUGCUGACGGAGAACGCUGAGGUCAAACUGGUGGACUUUGGUGUGAGUGCACAGUUGGACCGCACUGUGGGCAGGAGGAACACGUUUAUCGGUACGCCGUACUGGAUGGCUCCGGAGGUCAUCGCCUGUGACGAGAAUCCUGAUGCCACGUAUGACUUCAAGAGUGAUUUGUGGUCUUUAGGAAUUACAGCUAUUGAGAUGGCAGAAGGAGCUCCACCUCUGUGUGAUAUGCACCCGAUGCGAGCGCUCUUCCUCAUUCCCAGAAACCCGGCUCCUCGUCUCAAAUCAAAGAAGUGGACCAAGAAGUUCCAGUCGUUUAUUGACAGCUGCCUGGUGAAGAACCACACGCAGAGGCCCAGCACCGAGCAGCUGCUGAAACAUCCCUUCAUCAGAGACCUGCCUAAUGAGCGCCAGGUUCGCAUCCAGCUUAAAGACCACAUCGACCGCACCAAGAAGAAGAGAGGAGAGCGAGAUGAGACGGAGUACGAGUACAGCGGCAGCGAGGAGGAGGAGGAGGAACGGGACAUGGGAGAACCCAGCUCCAUUAUCAACAUCCCGGGCGAGUCUACGCUGAGGCGGGACUUCCUGCGUCUGCAGCUGGCUAAUAAGGAGCGCUCCGAGGCCCUGCGGCGACAACAGCUGGAACAGCAGCAGAACGACGAACACAAACGCCAACUACUGGCCGAGAGACAGAAACGCAUCGAGGAGCAGAAGGAGCAGAGGAGGAGGCUGGAGGAGCAACAGCGUCGGGAGAGAGAGCUGCGCAAACAGCAGGAGAGAGAGCAGCGCCGACGCUAUGAGGAGAUGGAGCAGAUACGGAGAGAGGAGGAGAGAAGACAUGCUGAAAGGGAGCAGGAGUAUAUCCGCCGCCAGCUGGAGGAGGAACAGAGGCAGCUGGAGAUUUUACAGCAGCAGCUCCUCCAGGAACAGGCUCUUCUUCUGGAGUAUAAGCGGAAGCAGCUGGAGGAGCAGCGGCAGGCGGAGAGGCUUCAGAGGCAGCUUCAGCAGGAAAGAGCGUACCUGGUUUCCCUCCAACAGCAGCAGCAGCAGGAACCUCGACCUGCUGAGAAGAAGCAGCUCUAUCACUACAAGGACUCGGUCAACCCCAGCGACAAGCCCGCCUGGGCCAAAGAGGUUAUGAAACGAGCCCAAAGUAACUCGCCUCGUCUACCUACAAAGAACCAAUACCAUGAGGAGGCGCGGCUUUCGCACCUCCUUCUUUUUCCUGACUCCAUCUCCAGCCAACUGCCCGCCCGCCCCCCGUCCUACCCAGCCGCUACCCCCUCCCACUUCCAGAGAGAGAGGGCGGAGCUUCAGCUCAGGCAGCUGAACACCAACUCCAAUGUUCCCAGGAUCCGGGUGUCCUGUGAGCCGGAAUUGGCUCCGAUCAGCCAGCCGUUAUCAGGGCAGAGCCAGGAGAACCGUGGGCGGAGUCCCGGGAGAUCCGGAGCAUGGGACAGCGAGGUGGAGGAACGUUCCAAACUCAACCGCCAGAGUUCUCCAGCUCUACAGCACAAAGUAGCUAACAGGAUCUCAGAUCCGUCGCUGCCUCCUCGCUCCGAGUCCUUCAGCAGCGGUGGCAUCCAGCAGGCUCGGACUCCGCCCAUGCACCGCCCUGUUGAGCCUCAGAUGGCUCACUUGGUCUCGGUGAAGUCUCAUGGUUCCUCGAUGAGUGUCUCGCAGUCUCUGCAUGAUCAGUCUUCCCAGGGUGUCUCGGCUUUCCAGGAGAGUCUGUCACCCCACCGGCCCCCGAUGCCCCGGCAGAACUCGGACCCCACCUCAGAGACUCCCAUGCCUCCACCUCGCAUCACGAGUCGCGAUGACAAGUUCGACCGCAGCUCCUGGCUGAGACAGGAAGAGGAAGUUCCACCCAAGGUCCCUCAGAGGACGACCUCUAUAUCUCCUGCACUGGUUAGAAAGAACUCACCUGGGAAUGGACCUGGAGGUCUGGGACCGAGGCCAGGUUCUCACCUUAUCCGAGCCAGCAACCCAGACCUGCGCGUCUCCAUAGAGCCCGGACUCCCGAGGACCAGCAGCGGCAGCUCCUCCAGCUCCAGCACCCCGAGCUCUCAGGGCGGCUCCAGCGAGAGGAACCGGGUGGGAGGAUCUGGAAAACCUGAGAGUUCUCCAGCUGUUUCCCAGGAGAGCAAACACAAAAACCAGGAGGAGAACAGGGAGGUGACGAGACCCAGCCGACCUGCUGAUCUCACUGCACUGGCCAAAGAACUCCGAGAGCUGCGCUCUAACGAGGAGACGAACCGACCGCCAGUCAAAGUGACCGAUUAUUCAUCGUCCAGUGAGGAGUCUGAGAGCAGUGAGGAUGAGGAGGGAGAAGGUGGAGCUCAUGAUGGAACAGUGCCAGUCAGUGACAUCCCUCGCAUCAUGCCAUCAGCAGGUCAGAGUGUGAGCGAGGCGUUCGAGGCUCUGGUAGGUCCUGAAGACUCUUACGACGAGUCUUACGGAAACAAUUCGAAAGACAGCACCCUGAUGAUGAGAGAGAUGUUUGGGGAAAGAAAACGCUCAGGUCAUGCCGAGAGCAACGGUUUCCCUGGUAACGCCAAUCUUCCUGAUCUAGUGCAGCAAAGCCACUCCCCCUUGGCCACACCCAGUGAAGGCCCAGGGCGCCACUCCAGUCUGCUUGGGCAGGACCUGGACUCUGUGGCUGAACAGUACGGGAGCGGAUCCAAAGCAUCUUUCACACCAUUCGUGGAUCCACGAGUCUACCAGACUUCUCCAACUGAAGAAAACAGUGAGAACCCAGCAGCAGCUCUCACAGUCGACGAGCUGCUGAGGCAGGAGCAGGAACAGGAGCAAGCUCGGCUCAACGAGGCUCGAAAGAUCUCUGUCGUCAACGUCAAUCCCACCAACAUCCGGCCGCAUAGUGACACGCCCGAGAUCCGUAAAUACAAAAAACGAUUCAACUCCGAGAUCCUCUGUGCUGCUCUGUGGGGUGUGAACCUGUUGGUUGGGACUGAAAAUGGACUGAUGUUGUUGGAUCGCAGUGGUCAGGGGAAAGUCUACAACCUCAUCAACCGCCGACGUUUUCAGCAGAUGGACGUGCUGGAGGGCCUCAACGUUCUCGUCACCAUCUCCGGCAAAAAGAACAAGUUGAGAGUUUACUACCUGUCCUGGCUCAGGAACCGGAUCCUCCACAAUGACCCUGAGGUGGAGAAGAAGCAGGGCUGGACCACUGUGGGAGAUCUGGAGGGCUGCGUUCAUUACAAAGUCGUGAAAUAUGAGAGGAUCAAGUUCUUGGUGAUCGCCUUGAAGAACUCGGUGGAGAUUUACGCCUGGGCUCCGAAACCGUAUCACAAAUUCAUGGCUUUCAAGUCCUUCACUGAUCUGCAGCACAAACCUCAGCUUGUGGAUCUGACCGUAGAAGAAGGUCAGAGGUUAAAGGUCAUCUACGGCUCCAGCGUUGGGUUUCAUGUCAUAGACGUCGACUCGGGGAACCCAUAUGAUAUCUACAUCCCAUCGCACAUUCAGGGCAGUGUCACUCCUCACGCCAUUGUGGUGCUCCCCAAGACCGACGGGAUGGAGAUGCUUCUGUGUUAUGAAGAUGAGGGAGUCUAUGUGAACACAUACGGCAGAAUCACUAAAGACGUGGUGCUACAAUGGGGAGAGAUGCCCACCUCUGUUGCCUACAUCCACUCCAACCAGAUCAUGGGAUGGGGAGAGAAAGCCAUUGAGAUCCGUUCCGUGGAGACGGGACACCUCGACGGAGUUUUCAUGCACAAGCGAGCUCAGCGACUGAAAUUUCUGUCAGAGAGAAACGACAAGGUCUUCUUUGCCUCUGUCCGAUCAGGAGGCAGCAGCCAAGUUUUCUUCAUGACCUUGAACAGAAAUUCUAUGAUGAACUGGUAAACCCCGUCCACACACCUGCAACGCCCCUCACACGUCCUACCCCUACACAUGUCCAAAGUCCUUCUUCCACGUUGUCUCUGUGGAUGUGUUCUGUUGUUUUAAGUGACGGGGAACGAGCGAACGACAGGAAGUCGCUUUUCAGAAUAAAUACUUUUAGAAAAUAAAGAAAUCAUAAAUGAAAUUAAGGCCAGGAGCCGCUCCAGAGAGCCGAAGUUCAUCUCACAUCCACACCAAGCUCCGACCGCCGAGAGAAGAACAACCACCUCGUGUACCCAGAAUUCCCUGUGGCUCUCGCCUGCAGGGUUCUUGUUUUUUUUUUAUCAUGGUUUAUGUUUUUCUGGAGGAGAGCAGAGACGCAGGGCAGAGCUGAAGACAUGAAGACGAAAAGUCAAGAAAAUAAAACCAUGUUGCAACUGUUCAGACCCUUUCAGUCAUUUAUUACUGUGGGCUGGACAAAAUAAUUCUCUGGAGAGGAGUGUGUGUGUGUGUGUGUGUGUGUGUGUGUGUGUGUGUGUGCGCACAUUUCAUGAAUUUAUUUCAUUAUUUUGUUAUUGCAUUUCAUCACACUGUAACUGUACAAAUGUUUAUGUAACAUUUGUAUGUUUUCAUUGUAUUACUUUGUGUGUGUGUGUGUGUGUGUGUGUGUGUGUGUGUGUGUGUGUGUGUGUGUACUCAGUAUCCAUAAGUAUGAAAAGCAUCACACUAUAGUUAAGACAAGUUAAAAUGUGUGGAUGUUUUGUAGUGGAGGACGUCAUACAGUAGAAUUUGGGGAAAUUAAAGUUUCACUUCUCAUCAAGAUGAUGAUGAUGAGGAUGAUGAUGAUGAUGAUGAUGAUGAUGAUGAUGAUGGAUUCAAGUUUUCUGAAUGUCGUUGCCCGGGUGCAAUAAAGAGCAGGAGGUUUGGGAUGUGAUGUGUGUGUGUGGAGGAGGUUUUAGCUCAAGCCUGAACAUAAUCUGAAGCUGUGACCUUCAGGUGUGUGUGUGUGUGUGAGUGAGUGUGUGUGUGUGUGUGUGUGUGUGUGUGUGUUUUAUAAUGCUUUAUUAAAAUUUUAAAAAGGAAUGAGUUUGGUGCAUUCAGCUUCCUCUAAACCUACCUCAUUUCCUUCCUCCAGUCGUUCGAUCACGAGUUUGCGCUCAUGCACAUCAUUACAGAAUAGAAACACAGGAAUCUCACCUGAGUCUCGUUUCAACUCAUUCUUUCUGCACCUUUUUUGUGAUUCCUGCUGUGAACUAUCACUUGAAUGAUAAUAAUAUUCACACAUUCAGAAGCAAAGAAAACAAAACAAUAAAUACACAUGAAAAUGUGAGCCCUGUCACCACAAACGGUGAAUUAUUUAUGAAAAUGUGUUGCAUAAAAGAAACUGAUUUAAUAAAAAUACAGUUGAAAUUUGAAGAUUUUCUAUAUUUGAAAAUUAAACAGGAAUCUUGGAACUUGGAAUCAGAAUUUCAGGUUGAGUCUCUCGAUCCUUCAGGAGAUUUUGUGAGCUGAGGGCAAAAAUAUUUAACAACUAAACAUUAUGUCUUUACUGGAAAAUAUAAACGUGGGCAUCGAGGUGUGAAACACUGAAAUAAUACACUUUAUUUAUUAGAGUUUCUCUUAGGUUUAAAAGAAUAUUCUAAUUUUUAUUUUUUACAAAUACCACAAUAUCAUUUUUUCAUGACAAAGUGCAAACUGGGGAUAAAUUCAAAGACAAUCAGGAUCAGAAGUAUUACUGAGCUGGUGCCGUGACCCGGAUGUAAUAAUGUCUAAUAGAAUCAAAUUCAGAUUACACUCGCUAUCUGGAGAAAAGCAUUACACCUGUACAUGUGUGUGUGUGUGUGUGUGUGUGUGUGUGUGUGUGUGUGUGUGUGUGUGUGUGUGUGUGUGUGUGUGUGUGUGCAUGAGUUUCUUUAUGUCUGUACCAUUACAUUUGUGAUUGCACCUUCUCCUGAAUAUAAAACUGUGACCCGAGUUCAAACGUGUUGUCUCAAUUAAUAUCAUAAUUAUUAUUCAGAAUAAGUUUCUGUUUAUUUUAUUCGGCGUUUCAGCUCUGAUUCAGUCUGUUGAUACUGAUUUUUUUUUGCUGUCACCUUAAAUUUCACAUUUGUUGUAAAAUGAAGCAAAUGUUCUUAUUCGGUUAUUUUCUGUUUGAUGCAGAGUGAAAAUACCUAACCAUGUUUAAUAUUUAUUUAAAAAUGAUAUACAUGUCUAUGUAUCUUUAUGAUUUAAUCUUUACUUUAGUAAAUUGAAGCUGGUUUUAAACUGUUGCUUCUGAAAUUGGAUUAAAAAAAAAAACAAAUCCAGUGAAUUUUCCAGUAUAAAGAAUUCUGUAAAUGUGAUUACAAUGAAAUUGUGUAUUUGAACAGUGAUGUACACUCUGAUGCUUCCAUACCUGACAGAGUUUCCAUAUUAAUAACUUAUUUCAUAUUUCAGUAAACAUGCUUAUGACUUUUAUGGCAACUAAAAAUGGACAAUAAAAUAUAGAGUGAAAUAUCAGAGCAAUGAAGUAAAUAUUAUAUAUACAUAAUGCCAUAAUUGGAUUGUAUAUGCAAAAAAUAUUAAAACAAUAUUCUGUUAUUGUCAAUUUUACUACAAUUCUAUUUACAGAAUGAAUUUAAUUUCAUACAAUUUUAUUUGAAUGUUUUAUUUUAAUUUCUUUUCCCUUUGGUCAUUCCUUCGAUGCUUCCAAAUGAUAAAUGUUACGAUAAAGAACGAUACAUUUUUAUUUUAGUUACUAUUGAAAACUCAACACUAGAUCUGCUGUCUGAUCUCGUCUAAUCUAUGCCUGGUUCACUUAAUGUCCAAUCUACUGACAUUAUUUGAAUGUUAAACACAUUUUAAAUUUUAAUUAGAAUAAUAAUCUAAAAGAGAAAGCCUGUGUGUGUGUGUGUGUGUGUGUGUGUGUGGUGUGUGUGUGUGUGUGUGUAAAACUCCACUCCAACAUGAUGGUUUCUGUACACCUGAAACUGAAACACCACUGGGUUUGUCUUUAUGUUUGGAAGCAACAACUUUAUUACUGAUUAUUUGGUAGGUUUUUAAAGGUUUUUUUUCUAUAGCUGUAUUUGGGAUUAGCUCGUUGGUCUGAAAGUGCUGAAAUCUAUAUUAGAAUGUCAGAGAUGUUUAAUAUCAGUGCUUUAUGUAAUAUCACUUUAUCCUCUCUCUGUCUGUCUGUCUGUCUGUCUGUCUCUCUCUCUCUCUCUCUCUCUCUCUCUCUCCUUUUAUCCCAGUACUGUUUAAUGCUUUUUUUUCUGUUUUUCUUUAUAAACUCGAUGCUGAAUUAUAGCCAAAAUGAUGUAUUGAGACUUUUUUGUAUGGUGAUGUUUUUUCUGGGUUUGUUUGUUUUUUGGGGAAAAUCUCUCGUCAUGUGAAUAUUUGAAGGAAAGCCUGAAAGGAAACGAUGUUGAUGUAAAUGAAAAGAAACCUAACACUCAUCACGUUAGGACAAAGCUAGGAUUAUUAGCAAUAAAGUGUAUUGAGGAUUUUUGUUCAAAUAUUUUUUCUGGUAUUUUAUUUUAGUCUGAAUUUGGUAGAAAAAUAAAUAAUCAAAAUGUUUAAAAUUGUUGAUUGUUGACUCCAGAGUUUGGGCUGCAGGAUGUCCAGGUGCGAAUGAUGCAGAUUAUACACUGAAAUAUUCACAGUUUGUUCCCAUGUAACAUAAAGCAUUAGAACUUUGCUGUUUUUUAAUAAAUUGAUGUAUUAAAUGACAA